UGCUGCGCAUGCUCGGCCGCAAAGCACGGCGGGAAAGGGGCUGGGCCUGUGCGACCUUUCGGUCCCUGCGUAGUGGCCGUGAGAAACCUCCCCUGGCGAGCAGCCUGGAGAGAAACCCGUAAGCCUCCGUGCGUGGCCCUGGGGCCGGUCUUUACGUCUGUGCCUGGCAGAUGGACAGAGAGUUUCGCCUGUGGACGGGAGGGAGGAGGGAGGUCUUGUUGGGCCGAGUUUCUGGAGACUCCGCGGUGGCGGUGCGUGCGGGCUCCGGCCGAGGGGCGCCGGGGGUCGGGAGCCGAGGCCCCUGGCUUGUGGUCGCGUUCUCAUUGGCAAACUGAGGCCUCACUGACGGGCAGGCUGGUGCUCACCGAGCCGGAGGGCUGUUGCCCCUCGGCCCCGGCGUCUGUGUCGCGGUCGGGCCCUCAGCCUUCGGUGUCUCUGCGGCUUCCGUUUCUAAGACGUAUCUGGAAACGGUUCCCCAGGAACGGAAGUGGAGAAUUCCUUUACAUCAGAUACUCAAAUGAAAGAAUCACCAACAGAGGGUGGUGACAAGGCAGUGGCACCACCACUACUGCAGCCGGAUGAAAUUAAGACAGAACCCGACAAUGCUCAGGAGUAUUGUCAAGCCCAACAGUCCAAAACUAAGGAGAAUGAACAGAAAAUAAGCACUAUAUUUACAGACAGUGCUUCACAGACAACUACAGGCAUUCAGCCUUCUCUGACAUCAUCUGGAAUGAAUAAAAUGCUUCCUUCACUUUCAACCACCGCUAUUCAGGUUUCCUGUUCGGGUUGUAAGAAAGUUCUUCUGAAGGGGCAAACUGCUUAUCAGAGAAAAGGAUCUACUCAGCUUUUCUGCUCCACACUGUGUAUCACUGAAUACGUUUCAUCUGGCAGUUCAUCAGCUCUUCCCAAGAGAACUUGUGCAAACUGCUCAAGAGACAUUUUAAAUCUAAAGGAUGUCAUCAGUGUCCAGCCAAAAGAUACUACCUUUAGCAAAAAUUUUUGCAGCCAAUCUUGUCUAAGAAAACUAUCUGUUAAGCUAUAUACUGAGAGAAUUUCAGCCAAAUGCAGCAUGUGUCAGAAGACUACUCUCAUUCAGUAUGAAGUAGAAUAUCAGAAUGUGAAACAUAUGCUUUGCAGUAAUGCCUGUUUUUCAAAGUUUCACUCUGCUAACAACCUCAUCAUAAACUGUUGUGAGAACUGUGGAGUUUACUGUUACACUAGUUCUGAUCUGUUCCAUAUACUUCAGGUGGAAGGACAGUCCCAUUACUUAAACAGUUCAAAGAAUAUUACAGCAUGCCAGCAGAAACCAGCUCGAACUCUUACAUCUGGUCUUUGCAAAUCGUUGAAGCCCUCCGAUGAAAUGAUCGAGAUUACCAACGACUUGGGGAAGACAGAGCUUUUCUGCUCUGUUAGUUGUUUUUCUGCUUACGGUAAAGCUAAGCUGGAAUCUUCUACAGUAAACGUUUCCAUGGUGCAUGACACUUCAGCAGAGCUCCCAUCUCCAGAGAAGCACCUUUCUCCGAGGAAAGAUACAACUCCAAUUAUAAGCAACAUCAUGUCAUUGGCAGAUACUCACGCUGCCCUGCCCAUCAUGAACUCUGAUAUCUUACAAGGUACAGUUUCUUCAGUAAGAGGAAAUGUCCUAUUGGAUGUUUCUAAGAGCUCACCCAGUGAGUCAAACAGUGGUGUCGCUAACAGUAGUGUGGAACAACAGCUGAGCCUUUUGCCAUCUUCAUCAGUACUCAGUCAGCAUACAGCCCAUGUUGAAGAACAAAGGGAUCAAGUGUCAAACCAGGAUGCUACACUCAAUAAGAAAUCUAUGAAAAUAAGUAAUAGACUGUGUUACCCAAAAUAUACAUCUAAAGUACAAAAAGUUAAAAGUAAAUCCCAAAGUAUUAAAAAAUCUUGGUGUUCAAAUUUUCAGAAGUUAGGAACCACUAUUAAAAAGGACUUAACGUUCUGUUAUUCAUGCCAGUUAUUCUGCCAGAAAAAAUACAGCUUUGGCGGAGAGUCCUUAGCAACCCAAGGAAUUUCUAAUUGGAAAAAAACUCUGAAAAAUUUCACAAAGCAUGAAAAAAGUAUAAUGCAUUUGAAGUCAUUGCAAUUUUGGAGGGAAUACCAGUUUUGUGAUGAAGGUGUCAGUGACAAUUUAUCUAAUCAUUCAAAAGAGAUGGAAGGAAAUAAAAAGUACCUAAAGCUUAUCAUUGAAAAUAUUUUAUUUCUUGGAAAGCAGUGUUUACCCCUAAGAGGGAAGGACCAAUCUAUUUCAUCUGUGAAUAAAGGCCAUUUUUUAGAAUUGUUAGAAAUCAGAGCAAAAGAUAAAGGAGAAGAAAUAUUUAGACUUAUGAAUUCACAAGUUGAUUUCUAUAAUAGUACACAAAUUCAAAAUGAUAUUAUUGACAUAAUAAAGACUGAAAUGUUACAAGAUAUUGUGAAUGAGAUCAAUGUCUCCUCAGCUUUUUCAGUAAUAUGUGAUGAGGUAACUGAUAGUGCCACUACAGAACAGCUUUCAAUUUGUGUAAGAUACCCAGAAAAAACGUCAAAGGCUAUCAUAAUUAAAGAAAGAUUCUUGGGUUUCAUAGAUGUUGAAGAGAUGUCCGGAACCAGCUUACACAAGACUAUCACAACUUACCUGCAGCAAAUUGGAGUUGAUAUAAGUAAAGUAAGAGGCCAGGCCUAUGACAGUACUACUAAUUUGAGGGGGAAAUUUAAUAAAAGUGCAGCAGAAUUCAAGAAGGAAGAGCCAAGAGCUUUAUACGUACAUUGUUAUGCCCAUUUUUUGGACUUAGCAGUAAUUAGGUUUUGUAAAGAAGUAAAAGAACUCCGAAGAGCUCUAAAUACUCUGAGUUCUUUGUUCAACACUAUUCCUAUGUCUAGGGAAAUGUCUGCAAAUUUUCAAAAGAUACGUAAGCUAAGUCAAAACAAAACAUGCAAGAAACAUAUAUCACAAUCAUGUUGGACACUCCAUGAUCAUACAUUACUGUCUGUGAUUGAGGGCCUUCCAGACAUUAUUGAAACAUUGGAAUUCGUAUCAAGCCAUUCUUCUAACACAAGUUUGGCUGAUGAAUUGAGCGAUUUACUGACAUCGGUAUCCAAAUUUGAAUUUAUUUUUUGUUUGAAAUUUCUUUAUCGAGUAUUAAGUGUUAUAGGAAUUCUUUCCAAAGAACUUCGAAGUGAAACCAUAGACAUUUUUUCUUUGUCUUCAAAAAUAGAAGCAAUUUUGGAAUGUUUAUCAUCUGAAAGAAAUGAUGUCUGUUUCAAAAUGUUCUGGGAGGAAGCAGAAGAAAUUUGUCAAAAAAUAACCUGUAAAGGUUUUGAAGUUGAAAGACCUUUUCAUAAAAGAAGAAAAAUUCAGGAAACAAGAGCUCUUAGCAAUUCAGACAAUAUGUUUUUUCCUACUUCAACAGAAGAACAAUGUAAAAUUGGCAUUUAUUACCAGGGAUUAGAUACUAUAUUACAGAAUUUAAAAAUGUAUUUUUCAGAAUUUGAUUAUUGCAAAGUGAAGCAAAUUUCAGAACUAUUACUAAAAUGGAAUGAACCAUUAAAUGAAGCAACAGCCAAACAUGUCCAAGAAUUUUAUAAACUUGAUGCAGACAUCAUUCCAGAACUUAGAUUUUAUCGGCAAUAUGCAAAGCUCAACUUUGUCAUAGAUGAUCAUAUCAAUUUCAGCAACCUUGGCUAUUUAUUUAUUCAGCAUGGUCUUCAUAACAAUAUUCCUUGCAUAUCAAAGCUAUUACAUAUUGCUUUGUCUUGGCCAAUCACUUCAGCAAGUGUUGAAAAUUCAUUUUCUGUACUGCCUCGUCUUAAAACAUAUUUAUGUAAUUCCAUGGGACAAGAGAAGCUUAGUGGCUUGGCCCUAAUGGCUGUUGAACAGGAAUUAGUAAAUAAAUUGCUGGAGCCUGAAAGACUCAAUGAAAUUGUGGAGAAGUUUAUACAUCAGUUGAAGGAAAUAUAGUAUUUGCUUAAUGAAUUUACCUGAGUUUCAUGUUUCUAUUAGAAUAUAAUGUUUUUUAUUUCAAAUGUUUGUCUAAGAAAAAUUUAUUUUUAACUUGUCUUUUUCACUUUACAUGGUAUUUUUGAGAUUGUUUCAUGUCAACACAAAGAAUUUCCUGAUUCUUUCUGUACAGCUGCUCAGAAUUGUAUAAAUGUGCCAUGAUAUAUUGGAAUACUUCCUUCUAAACAGAUAUGUUAAGUCUGUUGUGUUAGUAUAAAUAAUGCUUCAUUUAGUAACUUUGCACAUAAGUCAUGUUGCAUAUUAGUAAGUUACUAUAAGAUAAAAUGUUAAGUUAGAAUUACUAGGUCAAAAGAUUUGUGCAUUCUUUAUUUUUGAUUGGCACAUAGCUUUCUACAAGGAUUAUGCCAAUUUACAGUCCUGCCAACAAUAUGAGUCAAAUAUUUUUAUUUUUGCUGACCCAUUAGUUGAAUAAAGUUAUAUUAAUCUCUGGA